AUGGCACGAUGGGCGAGGCGCCACCCGCCCCUGCCGCCCGGCCGAUCGCGGGCGUGGCGGAGGCGGGUGGCCCAGCUGGCGGCGGCGAUAGCGUUCCUGCUUGCCCUCGGGACGCCGGCCUACGCUAUCGUGCCGCAGUUCUACGAGGCGGAUAAGAUGUCGGCGCUUCGGCUCCCCGCCGACACGCCGGUCGGGGAGAUCAUCUACCGCCUGAGGGCCUCCGACGCCGACAGGAACUACCCGCUCACCUUCUCCAUUGGGGAGUGGUUUCAUAAUUCCAUUUGCAUGAUUAUCUUCAUCUUCCAUCUUCUUCACGACCUCCUGCUAUCUGUUCCUUGA